CUAAAAUGAUGGGCAUCUGAGAGUUCCAAUACUGUGUUUGGCGAUCUGAGAUCCAUUCAAUAAAGUGAAGGAUAAUGGAUUCAAAUAUGUCAAUAUAUUCAACUGUUCUUACUUUGGAACCACUGGACAUAUCACCAUCUAACAUUUUACCAGUGUUCAUGUUUGGAACCCUUACCUAUUGUGCUAUUUUGUUUUUCAAUAUGACAUUACUGCUAACAAUUGCUCUGAACCAAAAACUUCAUAAACCUAUGUACAUACUGUUGUUUAACAUGCCAAUCAAUGACAUUGUAGGUGCCUCUGCCUUUUUUCCUCAGAUGCUCUUUAGUAUACUGUCACAGAAUAGAUCAAUCACUUAUUCUGCAUGUUAUGUGCAAGCCUUCUUGGUACAUUUGUAUGGGUCUGGAACACUUGUGAUUCUGACUGCUAUGGCUUAUGACAGGUAUAUUGCAAUUUGCUGCCCACUGAAAUAUAACACCAUGAUGUCCCCAAAUAACUUGCUGAAGAUUAUCACUACAGUGUGGACCAUAGCUUUUAUAACAAUUAGUUUAUUACUUGCGCUGACCUACCGUCAAGAGAUUUGUAGCACGAAAAUACUAGACACUUUCUGUAAUAAUCCAAGUUUGAUGAAGCUAAUUUGUGGGGACAUAAGGUUGACUAACUACUAUGGACUGUCUCUUACAGCUUUGCAUCAAAGUAUUACACUGUUUGUAAUGUUUUUCACAUACAUCCAAAUCCUAAUCACCUGUGUCUCUAAAAGACAGUCUGAUGCUAAAAGCAAAGCAAUUCAGACAUGUGGUACACACCUAGUUGUUUUUUUAUGUGUAGAGUUCAGUGGACUGUUUGCCUUAAUUUCACACAGGUUUAAUAAUGUAUCCCAGCACCUAAGAGGGGCCUUUGGUGCAUCUGCGAUGAUAUUUCCUCCCUUUCUUAAUCCUCUAAUAUAUGGAUUUAAAACGAAGGAAAUUCGACAGAACAUUACUGUCUUCUUCCGUAAAAAGAUCUUUCAGUCAUAACAGAAAAUUAUUUGUUAAUGUGAUAUUUAAUGCAUAUUCAUUUCAGAAACUACAAAACAAUAUUUAUAGAACUAUACUAUUAAAAAUAAAGG